AUGCCCCGCAGCCGAAGCCGCAGCGGCUCCUUGGACAGCUUAGGCCGCCGACGUCGUCCUCGUCGUCGCCGCGACUCGCCGUCUCGUAACCCCCUGACACCAACAACCACGACGACGACGCAUUCCACGGUCGACAAAGUCGACGUACCGCUAAGACCAGAGACAAACACUAUGUCGCACUUGAGCGAAGAGGAUCAGAUGAAGUUGUUGCUGGGCUUUGGCGACUUUGACUCGACCAAGGGCAAAGUUGUGGAAGAAAACCAAAAAAGCGCGGCCGUGGGUACUGCUCGACGGGAGACCAAGCGCGAGUACCGCCAGUACAUGAACCGUCGUGGCGGAUUCAAUCGCCUUUUGGACAAGGUGUGA